AUGCUCACCACAAACUCAGAGAGUCCUGAUGAAACGCCUGGGAACUUGGCGAUUAGCGGAGCGUUGUUGUGCGGUGUUUGUGGCGCUAAGGCUACGGGAUUCCAAUUUAAAGCAAUCGCAUGUAGAGCGUGUAAGUUUUCUUUCACAGACCUUCGGUCUAACUGUAAUUUUUGUAAUUCAAUUGUUCAGGUGGUCAAUUCUUUCGAAGAGCAAUCAGAAAUAACCGCUCCUACCAGUGCAUUGUAAAGAGAAGCUGCGAGAUUAAUAAGGGUUUGUCGGCUUUCCAAGUUCUUCAAUUUUCGAUGGAACACUGUAAUAAAUAA